CAACAAGCUACGACUGUUGUUGCCAUCCACCCAUACGUUGACAAAUAGACUACACAGCUAAAAUGUAUAUACCAGCUUUCAGAACAGCCAUAACUCGUGUGGCGGCUGCUCGCCCUAUGAUACAAAGCCAGAGAUUAUUCUCCGUAAGCCAAAUAACGAAUGAAAAGUCCAGCGAAAAAAAGAGUUCUGACUUAGACAAGGCCCUUGAAGAAUUGGCUGACUUGAAACUUGCAUCUCAAGAUUUACCAAAGGCAGACGAAGAAACGCUUGCUACGGCCAGACUUAUAGACACUUUUUCCCAAUAUAAUCCAAAGACGGUAACAGAAGAGGUUAUUGCACCUGAUGCCAAAAGUCCAAUCCCAAUCAACGCAGAGCUGAAUUACUAUGCACCACUCAAACAUGAAAUCAAAUAUGGAGAUCUCAAGGCCGAGGUUGUGUUCAAGUGUUUUGAUCCUGUUAAUGUUGAGUUUUUCUGUGAUUUCGCUUUGAGAGCGGCAUAUUACUUAGGACUCCCUGCAACUGGCCCAAAACCAAUUUCAACCAAAAGAGAAAGAUGGACUGUUAUUAGAGCACCUUUUGUACAUGCUAAAUCCAAGGAAAAUUUUGAAAGAAAAACACAUGGAAGAAUGAUUAAGAUCUGGGAUUCGGAUAACGAAGUCGUUGAUCUGUGGUUGGCUUAUUUGAAAAAGAACUCAGUUUGGGGUGUAGGUGUCAAAGUUAACAUGUACACUCAAGAACCUCUCAAAUUAGCAGACAAGAUGGCAAGAUUGGAAGGUGGUGAACAAUCACUCUCUGACCUCAAAUCUUCAGUUGAAACUUUAUCCAACGAUGCUGCCAAUCCUGUUUCACAGAAGGUAUUGGAGCUUUUGAAAGAUCCUGUAUUCACUAGACACAUGUCCGAGAGCGAAAUGGACCAGAUCGACUCGAAAUCAAAAACUAUUGAAAAAUAGCUCAGUCCAAACGUUUAUAGAGAAGAUUAACGACUUACUUUUCUAUCGAAUUACCAUGUACAUAUAAAUUAAUAUAAACAAAACAAUUUAUAUAAUAGAUCAUUUAACAUUCUAUCCAUACAUAUCCCAACCCUCGUCCUCUUCUUCACUAUCAACAAGUUCCACCUUGUUUUUCUUAACGGUGACGUCCGUCCUGCACAACGGGCAGGUUCUGUUUAGCUUUAGCCAAGGACCGAUACACUCUAAAUCAAAUCUGUGUUGAGAAUUACACGGUAACUCAACAACCAAUGGAUGUUUAUCACUUUUGUAAUCAUUUGUACAAAUCGGACA